AAGAACAGAUGAACCUAAAUCAGGUGCUCGUGURUGUAGCUGUCACUUUCAAGAUGGAAAUAAAAUAAAUGGUCCUACAAUACUUCCUCAUCGUUUAAAUCAAUUUGAAACUCAUCAUCUUACACCAGAAAAGAAAAAGACCCGCAAGAACUUUUCAAAACUUAUGAUGAAUGAAGAGAAAGAAGAUGAAAUAUUUAAUAACAGCGAAUUUGAAAUCAAUACAGCACUUGAUCUUGAUGAAUCAACAAAGUCUAACCCCCAAGGAGUAUCUGAAGUCAUUAUGUCAUCGACCUCAUUGACCAUACUCGAAACUGAAAAUUAUUUUCUAAAAAAGCAAAAUGAAGAAAUGAAAUUGAAACUAAAUACAUUAAGCUUGUCAUUCACAUUUGAAAAUUUAGUUCAAAAUGAAGAUUUAUUAACUUCUUAUACUGGCAUACCAUCAAGUGAAGUAUUUAUUGCUCUUUACAAUUUAGUGAAAAAUGCAGAGAUUAAAUAUCAUUUAAAUUGGAAUGUUGAAAGUAUCAGUAAAAUUGAUCAAAUACUAAUGACGUUAGUUAAAUUGAGAAACAAUUUACCACAUUUUGAUUUAGCAGUAAAAUUCAACUGCAGUAAAGCAACUGUAAGUAAUGUUGUCAUUACAUGGAUUAAUGUUUUACAUGCCAUACUUUUUACUAAAUGCAUGAGUAGUAUUCCAACUAGAGAAAAAAACAAAAAAUGUUUACCUGGUGCAUUCAAGUCAUUUACCAACUGCCGUAUAAUAAUAGAUUGCACUGAAGUAUUUACUGCUGYAUCACGUCAGUCGAUGAAUAUUCAGAGAGACACAUAUAGUUCAUAUAAGCACAGAAAUACCUGGAAAGCACUAAUAGGAAUUGCCCCGAAUGGUGUUGUUACAUUUGUCAGUUCAUUGUMUCCUGGAUCUACAUCAGACAAGAUGGUAACAUUAAAUAGUGGUCUUUUAGAGAAAAUGUUCGCCGGAGAUCUUAUUAUUGCAGAUAAGGGGUUUUUAAUCAGGGACAUUUUACCUCACGGAGUAUCUUUAAAUAUUCCACCAUUUUUAGAUACUCCUCAGUUUACACCAAAUCAAGUUGUUCAAACAGAAGUUAUAGCUAAGGCACGGAUCCACAUUGAAAGAGCAAUACAAAGAAUAAAAUGCUAUUCCAUAAUACAUUUUAUUCCUUUCACAAUGUUGAAGCAAGCUGAAAGUAUUUUUCAAUUAGUUGCUGCAUUAACAAAUCUACAGCCUCCUUUAAUUAAAGAAGUUCAAGGAAAUAUGUAA